UGACAAGGCCAAGGUCACCAACACAACAUACACGAACAUUGAACUAAAAUAUCUAUUCUGAUCUAGAAUUUCAAAAUGGUGGCCGUCACAGUUCUGUUGGGGAUCUUUCUUUGUGUCCUAGGUACAUGUAAGGGUUCUGUUUCAAAUAGUGAAUUAUCUGAUAGGUUAGACAGACUUGAAGCUCUGUAUGAGAAUUUUGAGAGUUUGAUAAAUGAAAAUGGUGUUGAAUUACAACAACUGCUCGACAAAGCCAGGGCUAAGGCACAACUUGUUAAGGCAAUCGACGAAGACCAGGCGGAGCCGGAAGUCGACACCGAAAAACAACCGGAAGAUGAGGUCAACAAAAGACAAAUACUGACAACCUUUGCCCCAUCCAGUACAACUUCCUCCCGUGCUUCCAACCCUCUGGUGUUUCAUGCCACCCUAUCAACCUCGUACAGCAUCAUGAGCCCAAAGCAGACGAUCGUGUAUAACACAGUCAUCACAAACGUCGGGAACGCCUACGAUUCAAACUUCGGCGUGUUCAAGGCGACCGCGCCUGGUCUCUACGAGUUUAUAGCAACUGUUUCCGCCUACACCGGUUACUACGUCGAUGUUGAAAUGGUCCUCAAUAACCGGAUGUUAUGUCGUGCGCAUGCCGGAGCCCCUGACAUGGAAAUCGGCAUGUGUGUUUCCAUGGUUCAUCUGAAUACCGGUGAUGACGUAUUCGUACGUCAUUACAGUGGUAGAGGAACCUACAUUUAUGGUGGCUAUAAUUAUCCGUCGUUUUCUGGACAUUUGAUAGCAAGAGAUUAAGUGCAUUUUACUCCCAAAUAAACAGCUUAUAAUGUA